AUGUCCUUCCCGCACUUUGGACACCCUUAUGGCAGCGCUUCCCAGUUUCUGGUGUCUGCAAGUUCCAACGCCACUUGCUGCGAAUCCGCCCCGCGCUCGGUCCCAGAUGUGGCCUCAGGCUCCACCCCGGCGGCCGCGCUCUGCUUCGCACCCUACGACAGUCGGCUGCUGGGCAGUGCGCGGCCCGAGCUGGGCGCGGCCUUGGGCAUCUAUGGAGCUCCCUACUCGGCCGCUGCAGCUGCCCAGAGCUACGCAGGCUACCUGCCCUACAGCCCGGAGCCGCCCACGCUGUACGGGGCGCUGAAUCCACAGUAUGAAUUUAAGGAGGCUGCAGGGAACUUUACACCCGGCCUGGCGCAACCAGCAGCCUAUUAUCCCUAUGAGCAGAGCCUGGGGCAGUACCAGUAUGACCGGUACGGAUCGGUGGAGUUGGGUGGCGCUGGGCGCAGAAAGAAUGCCACCCGGGAGACCACUAGCACGCUCAAGGCCUGGCUGAACGAGCACCGCAAGAACCCCUACCCCACCAAGGGCGAGAAGAUCAUGCUGGCCAUCAUCACCAAGAUGACCCUCACCCAGGUGUCCACCUGGUUCGCCAACGCGCGCCGGCGCCUCAAGAAAGAGAACAAGAUGACUUGGGCGCCCAAGAACAAAGGCGGGGAGGAGAGGAAGGAGGAGGGUGGAGCACAGCAAUUGCUGGGCUGCCUAAAUGGUGACACCAAAGACGUUUCUGCUAGCCAGGAGGCUCGGGGGCUGAGUGACCUGGAAGACCUGGAGGAAGAAGAGGAAGAGGAGGCGGAGGAAGAGGAGGCAGUGGCCACAGCUACGGACAGGCUGGCUGAGCUCCAUCAAGACACUCAGUCGCUGCCGGCGGCACAGUGCGCCGCAACUCGAGAGGGCCGGCUGGAGCGCAGGGAGUGCAGUCUGGCGGCGCCCCGCUUCUCGUUCACUGAGUCCCCCAGGUCGGGAGAAACCGACUUCCUGCGGGCCGAGCCAGGAGGCCCCACUUUGACCAUGCACUACCCCCGCAGCGAGAAACCGCGCAUCUGGUCUCUGGCGCACACUGCGGCAGCCAGCGGCGUCGAAGGUGCACCCCCAAACCCGUCCAGGCCACGAAGUCCUGAGUGCCACCUGAUUCCCGGACAGCCUCCAGGUCCCGGCGCGCGACCCGCGGUCCCCAGAGACUCCGCGUGCGAAGAGUCUUCCCGAGUAGCCAAAGCCUUUGGAAACCCCUCGUUUGCCCAACAGGGCCUGCCUCUGGACUGUGCGCCGUGCCCGCGGCGGAGGGCACCGGCAGUGCAGUGCCAGUUCCAGUCGGGAGCAGAAGGUAGUGGGCCCCCAACGGCGCUGGGGGUGUCUGUCCAAAAGACACCUUCCCCCGACGCACACAUCCAUCCACCCACCCCCCGGGUGCCCAGCCGCUGCACACUCUCUCUGCCUCUCCAGCAUGCCCAGGUUCAGACCUAG